AUGGAAUCGGCGUCGGAUCCGAAGGCGGAGGAGAACCCGGACGUGUGGGAGCUGUUCCGGCACUACGACAGGCUCUACUUCCGCGGCGCGCUCGACGACGCCGCAUUCGCCGUCGAGUGGACCUCCCCGCGCGUGAAGACUUGCAGUGGUUUCGGAUCCUGUUCAUUUGGAAGCAAAACCAUAACGCUCUAUCAACCAAUGCUGCAACAUCGCACAAAGGAUGAUCUGAAGAACGCCCUUCUGCAUCUGAUGAUUCAUGCUAUCGUAUUUAUGAAGCAUGGUAUGGCGAGACUCAGUAUGCAUGGUCCUGUUUUCCGUGAUUGGAUGGAUGCUAUCAACGCUUGCUCCAUUGAAGAUUACCUGAGACCAAAAGGCGGCUAUUGUAUCACCACCACCCAUGAUUUCAGUCCGGAAGAACUCCAGAGCAUCCAGGGAAAUCUGUGGAAGUGUGAAUCAUGUGCCGCUACACUUUUGAGAGCCACGAAGCUGGGCCCUCCAUCUGAUUCCUGCUGUAUUGAGAAUGUUAGCAAACAUGCUACCUGUGGCAACAUGCUUUGCAACUGGCACAACCACAAGAUGAAUUGUGGUGGUACAUAUGUGGUGCCGAAACAAGGUCAAAAGAUGGUUCCGAAAGGUUAUGCUGUUGGUUGUAAACAGGGGCUUCUUACUGAAACAUCCAAGUCACAAGAUGCUGUAGAAGAAUCAUAUUCAGAUGAAGUUCAGGAGAAUUCUACUGUGCCAAAACCAAUUGUGCCUGCUAUCCCUCAGAGAAAGGCAAGCAAGAGUAAUAUGCCUGUAGAUUUUCAGAAAGCAAUUGUGCCUGCAACCCCUCGGAGAAAAUUGAAGCAGGAGUUUGUUUCAUCGGAAAAGUAUGAGCUUUUCUCUAUAGGAAGUUGCAAAAAUGAAAACACACUUGGUAGUUGCUCCUCAAAGAAGCCAGAGGACUUCCAGAGAAAAAUUGAUUCGUCUGAUUCUCCUCUGAGCAAACUGAAGCGGAAGCAAACAUCUAUUGCUUCGAAGAAGCAUGAAAUUAGAUCUGUAGAGAGUUUCUACAAUGCAAAAUCGUCGAGAACUGACACCUCCACGAAGGCAAGCAGGUGGCAUAAGCCAGAGCACGUUCAGAAAUCCAAUGUCCAGCCUGCUGCAUCUCAGAAAAAACUGAAGCUAGAGGAAGACAUGACUUUCUCUCUAGGGAGUUAUAAAAGUGCAAAACUACCAGGCGGCAGCACAUCCAGGAAAGCAAACACGUGGCACAAGCCCGAGGGUGUUGAGAAAUCCAGUAUCGCACUUCCUUCUCCCACAAAAAAACUGAAGCUUGAGCAAGACUUCGUUGAGAAACAUGAAGAUACAAAACCACUUGGAAGCAGCACCAGAAACAAAGAAGGCAAACUUCACAAGCCUGAAGGCAUUCAGAAAGGCAGUGUUCUACCUGCUACCGCUCCCAGAAAACUGAAACAAAACUUGGUUGCGUCGGAGAAGAAUGAGCUUUCCUCUUGUGUGGGUCGCAGCAAUGCAAAUGUACUGGACAAUGUGUUCUCAAAGCAGGCACACAAGCAGCGUGACCCUGAAGUGACUCGGAAACCCAUCACGCAGCCUGCCGCCCCUCAAAGUAUACCCAAGCAGCAAAACAUAACCAACUCCUCAGCCAAGGCAGGGAAUCAGCAUAGUCCUCAAGAUUUUCAGCGUGCUGUUUCUCAAAGUAAACUGAAGCAAUCAAACCAUGUUGCACCUGAGAGGCAAAAGACAAGAAGCGUUGCGCCUAAGAUGCAACAGACAAGAAGCGUUGCACGUGAGAGGAAAAAGAGGAGAAGCGUUGCACCGGGAAAGAAAAAGGAGUAUGCUUGCGUUAGUGUGUGGGCAAACAUCUACGAAUCAGAAUGUUCAAGUGGAUCAGCUGAGCCGCUUGUAAACAAAAGAACAGAGCGAAGGAAGCGAGAGAGAGAACGAGCAGUUCAGAUAACCUAUUCUCGGUCAAGGAAGCGAAGUGCCAGCGGAAUGAGCUUCGUCAAGGCCGAACCUGCGGAGGAAGAAGUCUCAUCUGAACAAGCCAAGCCACCACCUCGAUCUCAAUGCUUGGAGUUCAUUCUUAUUGGUACUGCCCACAAGGUGGUGACUCAAGACCCUAGAGAUCAGUUCCGACGACCAGCUCCACGCAUGGGCAUUGUUGCCCCUUCUGCAGAUCAGGUGAAGACUCAAACCCCAAGAGGUCAGUCCCAGCCAUCAACUCAAACUCUUAGAGAUCAAUCCCAGCGACCAGCUCCAAGCAUGGAUAUUGUUGGUGUCUCUCCUGUAGGCCGGGUGACGACUCGAAUCCCUAGAGGUCAGUUCCAGCCACCAGCUCAAUGCAUGAACAUUGUCAUCUCUCCUGCGGACCUGGCGGCAACUCAAGCCCACACAGAUCAGUCCGUUCCACUUCCAUCUACGUGCAUGGACAUUGCUGCAGUGCCCUCUGCUGACCAGGUGAUGACUCGAGCCCCUGUACAUCAGUCACAACCACUAGCAGCAAGCGCCAUCGCCACAGAUAAUCCUGACGUGAUAGACAUAUCUGAUGAUGACUGA